UCUAAGUUUGUUUCACUUUUAAGAAAGAGGAAUUGUUCCUUUCUAUUGUUUAAUUCCCCCCGCGAAAACCUUACAUUUUCAUACAAGACUGGAGUUGCAAAUACUAAGUGCAGGAACGACAGAUGUAAACAUGAGAAAUUAGAUCAUCUGCACAUUUCAAUUACAAAGAAAACAUAUGGAACUGAUGCAAGUCAUAUUAUUGAUGCUUUUCUGCACUUAUUUCUAUGGCCACUGUGCAGCCAAAGCAUCACCACACAAGUCAAAAUGUACAGUUGAGAACGGCAAAGCAGACUGUAGCCAUAUGAAUGUGGAUGCAGUCCCAACAUAUCUGCCUCGGAACAUCAGUGCAUUGGAUGUGUCCCACAAUAAACUCAAAAAUCUGUCCUCCCUGCAUUUGUACUCUGAUCUGGUGCAUGUAGAUGCCAGCUACAACUCUUUAACUGCCGUAGAAGAAGAUCUUUGUACUUCUCUGCCACGCCUGCAAAGUCUUCACGUGCAACACAAUGAAGUUUAUUUGUUGAGCGAGAAAGACCUGAAAAGUUGUUCCCAUUUGAUCCGACUUGACCUCUCUGACAACAGACUGAAGCUAAAGGGGGAGCCCUUUUCAGUUUUGAAGGAUUUGACGUGGUUGGACGUGUCUCGAAACAAACUCAAAUCGGCUAGACUGGGCACACAGCCUCAACUGCCAAACCUGGUGACCCUCGUUCUUUCAGGAAAUGAGAUUUCUGUACUGCAAAAGCAUGACUUCUCAUUCCUCAGUAAUUCAUCUGCAUUUCGGGUUCUGAUACUUUCGUCUUUGCCACUUAAAAAGGUGGAGAAUGCCUGUUUCCAGACCAUUGCUGGAAUGUCUGACUUGGUGCUGGAUGGUAGCAAGCUCGGCCCCCAGUUUACCCCCACCCUUUGUCAAGAACUUGCUGGCACAGCCUUGCAAAACCUUUCCCUUCAGAAAACUCUCCUAGCAUCCCUCACAAACAGCACCUUUCGAGGAAUGGACAAGACUAACAUCACCGUGCUCGACCUCUCCAACAACGCCAUGUCAAAGAUUGCCGACGGCACUUUUCAGUGGUUUCCCCAGCUGAAGGUUUUAUCCUUGGAGCACAACUCGCUUAGACACCUCACCAAGGACAUCUUCAGCGGCCUGGGAAACCUGACGGAGCUUAACCUGCAAAGAGCACUGAAUAAGGAACGUCAAUCAUCCUAUCCAAUUAUUGAUGACUUGUCCUUUCAUCAUUUAGUCAAGUUGGAGCAUCUGUGGAUGACAAAUACUGCAUUCAGAGAAAUAACCGAGUUUAUGUUUACUGGACUUGCUAACCUGAAGACGCUGGAUUUGAGUUGGAGCAGCACAGGGUUGAAGACGGUAACAAAUAAAACCUUUGCUUCUCUGAAAGACUCUCCACAUCUCCAGUUACUUAAUCUUACAGGCAUGGGUAUCACAAGGCUGGGCCCCGGAGCCUUCGCAAGCCUGGGCAACCUCGCUACACUCCUGCUUGGCCACAAUUUUAUUAAUCAGCAGCUGAAGGGCGAUGAGUUUGAGGGCCUCUUUAAUGUUCAAGACAUUGACUUUUCUUUAAACCACCAAAGUAUUUCUCUAACCAAUACAUCCUUUAUUCAUGUCCCUACAUUGAGGACUCUAUUGCUAGGUCGUGCCCUCAGAGGGACCCUAGAUUUAGAAGCCUCUCCAUUCAGGCCCCUGGUCAACCUCACAGUUUUAGAUCUCAGUAAUAACAACAUUGCAAACAUCAACUCUGGCUUACUGGCGAGGCUUUAUCAUCUGAAAGUGCUGAAAAUGCAGCAUAACAACUUGGCGAGGUUGUGGAAGACCGCCAACCCCGGCGGUGCAGUGUUGUUUCUCAAGGACGUUACAAAACUGUCCUAUUUGGAUCUGGACUACAAUGGCUUAGAUGAGAUUCCACCUAAUGCUUUGCGCAGUUUGUCCGAGCUACGUACGCUAAGUCUCCGUGGCAAUCUCUUGAAUCAGCUGCGCGCCUCUGUAUUUGACGAUCUGACAUCUUUACAGUAUUUGCAUGUUCAAAAGAACCUCAUAACGUCUGUUAAACGCGUCACAUUUGGCGUGCCGCUGUCCAACCUGACGGAACUUCAGAUGGACCGCAAUCCCUUCGACUGCACAUGUGAGAGUAUCUUAUGGUUUUCCGAGUGGCUCAACUCCACCAACGCUAGCGUUCCGGGAUUCCCACGAGGUUACGUCUGCAACACUCCGAACGGAUAUUUCAACUGCUCCGUCGAGGGCUUUGACCCACUCUCUUGUAAAGAUAUGACACCUUUUAAGGCGCUUUAUAUUUUGAGUAGUACAGCUGUGUUGACGCUGUUAGUAACGGCUUUCCUGGUACACUUCCAAGGUUGGAGAAUUCAGUUCUUCUGGAGCAUAAUGGUACACCGUGUACUUGGCCUAAAGGAUGAAAGCAUUACUGAAAUGAGAUACGUGUAUAAUGCAUACAUCGUACACACUGCCGAGGACAAGCCGUGGGUGGAACGAAGUUUGCUCCCUCUAGAGGAUGAACAUUGCAAAUUUUUUCUUGAGGACAGAGAUGCCAUACCUGGUUUUCCUCAGCUUGACACUAUUGUGGAAAAUAUGGGAAGGGCCAGAAAAAUCAUUUUUGUUAUCACAGAAAUGCUUCUAAAGGAUCCUUGGUGUAGGCAAUUCAAAGCCCAUCAUGCUAUUCACCAGGUAAUGGAGGACAAUCGUGACUCGCUGAUUUUGAUUUUCCUGCAAGACGUAGCCGAUUACAGUCUGAACCGUUCUCUGCAUCUGCGUCGGGGAAUGUUAAAACCUCGCUGUAUCCUCGACUGGCCUUUACACAAGGAACGCAUCCCUGCUUUCCAUCAGCAACUUCGUUUAGCAUUAGCUUCGACCAACGUGGUCAACUAAACAUUGUCAGUCUGGUAGUAAGCAAAAACUAUAUCAUUUGUGCUAUGAACCCACUUUUUGUAUUUAAGAAGCAUUGGCAAAAUGUAAAUGCAUUUAUCAUUUGUGAUCCUGUCUUUGAAAUCCAGGCUAAAGUCUCAUAAUCUAAUACAUUUGAUUUCCAUCUUUGACAUGGCAUACUCAGUCAGUAUUAAAGAUAUCAAGGUUAUGUUUUCAUAGUAUGUUCUAUACAUAAUGUAGGAUGAUUUUAGAUAGAAAACAGUAAACCACAAAAAAAGAAGAGUUAAUUUGCAAGAACAGAUACAUUUUUUUAUUGUGCAUUCAAAGUAAUAUCAAAUAUAAAUCAAACUGCAGUUGGGUUGUUUUGAUCAAGUAAUAAUAACAACACAAAAAUGACAUCUGACUUAUCUGUUUUUUUGCAAAUAAACUCUUCAAAUGCCUUUAGCUGGAUUUUCACAGUUUCACAUUUGAGAAAACUUUGCCAUUUACAAUUAAACAGAUAAUCUGACUGCACGCACUCUCGCCCAACCCCAAUCCCCCCCAAAAGUAAUCUUUAAUGUUACUAAUUCAAUGUUACAUGAUUAAACAGGUUCUUGGUUUAGUUUGCCAAAAAUAGAUAUUUUUCACUUAGCAACACAAAAACAAACUAUUAUAAUUACCCAAUUCUGACAGUCACCCAAACAAUACUUAAUAAAAUAGAUUGAUGCUUUGUGCAAAUAUCUUAUGCCAAUGAUACAAAUCAGAUGGCAUUAACAAAUGGCACCCCUUGAGUAGUUAAUAUUAGGCCUACUUUUAAUUUUAUCGUAAGCAGCAAUAAUUCAUCAAACAAUAAUUGAACACAAAAAGUAAAGAAUACUGUGGCCUCAAGAGACUUCCAUACACAGCCACUAGAUGGCGCAUCUACGUCAUUCAUACAGUGUUUGUCCGCAUUAAUCCGCGUGUAAUAAAAGGUAUUUGCAAUUGCAAACGCUUCAUGUUGCAGUUUUUGUUCAUUUAAAAGUAUGCAUUCAGUAGAGACUUCAACGUGUUUAUAUUAGACAGUGACUAGAUCAGCCAUUUGUAUAGUUUUAAGCAAUUAAAUCGUGGAAUUGCCUAUUUUAGUCUCUUUAUAUACUAGACAAUGUUAAGCAUAUCAUAUAGACGUCUCAACUUUCAGACUCUGGAUUUUCUGUAAACGUUACAAAACACUGUUCAAUUCCCCGCUUAAUUAAAAAUGACACCACGCGCUUUUUUGAAAGUAUCCACUCUCUGGAUACAUAACAGACAACUCGCAAAAUUAUGUUCUGAAUGAAGCGAUCGCUCUGCAUUUAUAACAACCGUGUGCAUGACGUAGACAGCGUAGAAAGGAACCCGUUGGCAGGCUGUAUGAUGACUACGCGCACAUCCCCAAACCCCCACCCCCCAAUCCCGUCACGAAUUAAAAUAAUUCGAAUUAUUCAAAAAAAUAUAAACUUACCAGUGUAAAUAUGGGGACAGUAAGAAAACAGUUUUGAACACAGAUUUUUAUGUACUUGCAUACAUUUUGUUCAUUGACUUCUCUUAAUAUUUUUUAAAUUAUUAAAGCUUUAACCUGCGAUGAAUUAAAAAGUAUUUCAGUAUUUUUUUAACUGCUGCCAUCUAGUGAUCAUAACAAAAUGAAUUACAAACUUUUGGUGAUGAAAAAGACUAUCAUUGUUGUUGCACUUGUCUGUACCGUUUGUCCUGUUAUAUAAAACCCUAAAUAAAAGACAACUGUACAGUUUUCAACUGUCCUGUACACAA